ACUCAACUUUUUUCUAAACUCCUUGUGAUAACUGUAUUUUCUGCGAAUUCGGUUUUCUUGAAAUCCCGACAUUAUAUCGGGUAGACAAGUUUGUUUAACUCUCAGAUAACUCAUCCCUAUCCAACCGUGCGGUAGAUCGUCUAUAAAAAGCGAACAAAUUGCAUAAUCGCAGCACAAGUUGAAAACGUUAGUUGAAUCGCUAUACCAAAUUGUACAAUGGGCAACAAAGGAGCUAAGCUGAGCCCCAGAACAAUUGAGGAGCUUCAGAGACACCUGGGGGCAGAUUUGUCAGACGAGGAAAUCAAAAUCUGGUACAAUGACUACCAAGAAUCUCUGACCCCGGGAAAAAACCAGCUCACGCGCAAGGACUUCACCGAGGUCUACGACAAACUGUUCAGUGGCGAUGCCAAGGAGUUUGCAGAGCACGUGUUUCGCACGUUCGACGCGGACGGGAACGGGAGCGUGGACUUCCAGGAGUUCGCGGUGGGUCUGUUCGUGUCCAGUUGUCAGGACUUGGACAAGAAGCUGGACUGGGCGUUCCGUGUGUACGACAUUAACGGAGAUGGAUACAUCACUAAGGACGAGAUGGCCAAGAUUGUGACGUCGAUAUGCAAAAUGACAAAAUCUACCGCAGAUGUGGAAAACAUGAUCCACGAUAUUUUUAACACCAUGGACGUGAACAAGGACCAGAGGAUAAGUCGAGAGGAGUUCCUAAAGGGAGCCUCUCAUAACGACUUCGUUAUAAAGCUCUUGCAACCGGACCCCGAUUCUUAGGACCGGCGCUGCAAUCUUCAAUAGGAGGCGUUUCCGUGGAAUAGGAAGUUAAUUUUCAAACACAUUUAUGUUUAAAUAGUGACAAACUGUGGACAAAGAGACCCCUGUCUUGCCGUGAAUACCUGAGAUUUUAACAGAUAUGCUGGCUUCAUCAUACUGUUCUCUGUUGCGGAAUUAAGUGGCUCUAGAUCUGUGUCAAUACAAAAUAAGAGAGCUUUAAAACUAUACGCUUUUCUUGUUUGAGAGAGAGAGAGAGAGAGAGAGAGAGAGAGAGAGAGAGAGAGAGAGAGAGAGAGAGAUUUGCAUGU